GUUUCUCGUGUUGAAGCUUUGAUACGGGAGCUGGAAGCACAGAGGCGCCUUUUCUGGACAAAAUAACGCGUAAAGUCUGUUAAAGGUUUGGAUUUUUAUGGUCACAAUGAAGGCCUUCAUCUUCCUUCUUCUCCUGGGAAUACAGGGGGCAGCGGCAGUGACCCACUCUCUGAAGUAUUUCUACACUGCGUCCUCUCAAGUCCCAAACUUCCCAGAGUUUGUGGCUGUUGGAUUGGUUGAUGAUGUUCAGAUUAAUUAUUAUGACAGCAACAUGGAGAAACCAGUGCCCAAACAGGACUGGUUUGCCAGGAACACAGAUCAGCAGUACUGGGAGAGACAGACUAAGAUCAUUGUGGGUUCCCAGCAGACGUUCAAAGCCGGUAUUGAGAUUUUAAAGCCUCGCUUCAACCAAACUGGAGGUUUGUUCACGUUUCAUUUUUUUUUACUGAUACUUGCUGUUAAUAUUUUCAGUGUGUGUUUUGUUUUUCAGUACUAAACAUGUUUGUACACA